UCUUCACUCAUAGCUCACCAAACUGGUGGAAGUGGUCUUUACUAAAUAUUUAAGUAUGUCCAUUUCAAUCAUAUUUGAACAUUAUCCAUGCAAAAAUGCCCCCUAAUGGCGUUGAGCAGCAUAUGGCGGAGAAGUUUAAUACAGUCCAGCAGGUGCUUUGACAUGAUGCCGUGGAAUCAUCACAGGUUUUCUAGACUAUGAUCUUACCCUUGAAACUGUCAUUUUAACGGCUUGUACUGUGUAAUACACACUUUUCGCAUAUUCUGACAUCUAAGUGAAAACAGGAAAGUACAAAACCUGUUUGUCAUAUUCUUUCAGCAGUCUGGACGUCAGAUGUGUGGCAGCGCUCAGCUCAUUCUGAAAGAACACACAUAGCAAAGUGGCCACAUGUUGUGGUUCUCUCCCCCACUGAUCCUUUCCUUCAGAGGUUGUCGAGACUUAAGAGAGGAAUGGCGUCCCCUCGCUGCCUCGUAUUUUGUCUCCCCGGUUUGCUUCUCAUCUGGAAUGUUUCUUUUGGAUCUACGCUUUCAGGCAACAGGAGAGCAAACCAAGAACGAUGUGGCUUCAAGCAGAUGCCGUCUGGUGCAGAUGGAAGCCGCAAGCUGGCCAUCACACUCAGAAGCGACAAUUGCUCCUUGAACUACCCGCUAGGCAAACAUGUCAUCCACGAGGUUGCCAAUGUCUCCUUCACCCAUUUGGCCUGCGAGGACCAAGCCGGUGUGGUGGUGCACUGGUCUGCCAGUCCAUUAGGAAUCGAACAUAUUAAAGGCUUCCGAAUUUAUUUGGAAGACAAGAAUCCAGACGGAAAACGAUGUCAACAUCUCAUCCUCAAAGACCCGAGACAGCUCAACUUCUCCCACAGGAACACGAAGCUGAGCAGUCAGUUGUUUAGCGGUCUGACCUUUGACACCGACUACAUGGUCCGCGUUGUUCCUUUCCCCACUCUGAUGAAUGAGAGCUUCUUCCCGCCAUCUUUCCUCAGGACCAACUCCUGUGAAGUUCUGCUGGGCUCGGACAACCUGGUCUGCAAACCAUUCUGGAAACCAAAGACUCUGAACGUGUCUCAGCUGGGUUCCAAACUGCAUGUGACCUUUGACCAGGCCCCGCCUUCUUUCGGUUUCCACCUGUACUACGUCUACUACAAACUGCGACAGGAAGGACCGUUCAGGCUGCAGCGCUGCAAGCCCGACGGCAACCAGUUGAAAACCAUAUGCAUUCUCCAGGACGUCACUCCGGGGACAUACACCAUAGAGUUGAGAGACGACAGCAAUACAACCAGGAGGCAGACGCAGUACUACGUUAGCCAAGUUCAUUCCCCAUGGGCGGGUCCUAUCCGGGCUAUGGCCAUCACGGUGCCUCUGGUCAUCAUGUCUGCCUUUGCUACGCUUUUUACCGUCAUGUGUCGGAAGAAGCAACAAGAAAACAUCUACAGCCAGCUGGAUGAGGAGAGCAGCGAGUCGUCCAAUCACAGCGCAGCGUUGAACGCAGAAAGGCCUUGGCCCCGCCCCAAAGUCUUCAUCUGUUACUCCAGCAGAGACUGCCCCAAACACACCAACGUCAUCCAGAGCUUCGCCUACUUCCUGCAGGACUUCUGCGGCUGCGAGGUGGCGUUGGACCUGUGGGAACAUCUGGAGAUGUGCAGAGAGGGUCAGAUGUCGUGGCUUAGCAGACAGCUGGACGAGGCCGACUUCAUCAUCACAGUGUGCUCCAAAGGCCUACGCUACUUUGUGGAGAGGAAGAGCCGCAGAGGAAAGACACCGGUCAGUCGUCGCGGAAAUGCCAGCAGCAGCAGCUCUCCCAUUGGUGGAUCGGGCACUGAUCUGUUUGUGAUGGGCGUUGCCAUGAUUGGCGAGAAGCUGCGGCUGGCCAAGCAGAACGAGAAGGACGACACUCAGGAGAUGAACCGUUACAUGGCCGCCUACUUUGACUACUCCACGGAGAACGACAUCCCUACCAUGCUAAGUCUGGCUCCCAGGUUCAAGCUGAUGGACCAGCUGCCACAGCUUUUCACCCGCCUUCACUCCAGUCAGUCCAGUCUGGCCGAGCGGGAGUCCCAGCCUCUCAACAUCUCCAGGAGGAACUACUUCAGGAGCAAGUCUGGACGCUCCCUCUACGUGUCCAUCUGCAACAUGCACCAGCACAUCAGCCAGAACCCGGACUGGUUCGAGAAGCCAGUGCCUCCCUCCUCAGGAAGUGCUUCCCCCUCCUGCUCGUUACCAUCUCCUCCUCUUCCUCCUCUUCACGACGUUGAGGCUCCCUCAUCUUCAUCCUCUCGACCAGAUAGAAGGCCGGAGGGCGGGCUGAUGCUAAAUGAGGUGCUAGUCAAGACGUCACCACUAGACAGGGGCGAGGGAACCCUGAGGAAAAAUGCCCUACUGCUAGCUCCUGGCUCCGGUUUGAGCUUCAACCUAAACCUCAACUUGAGUCCAAGCCCUAGUCCUGUACCAAGUCCUGGUUUAAGUCCUGGCCCUGCCCUUCCACAAAGAUCUCCAUCCAGGCUGGAGCACACAUCAAGAACCUCCUCAGGAACAUUUGUGGAAGAAUCCUCCUGCACUCCAUCCAACCUUCACGAGGAAGUGGUCCCCCUUUCUGCCCAGACAGAAGACGACCGCCUCUCUCCUCCUGAGCUCCCGCCCCCUCGCGAUUCGGGCAUCUACGACUCAUCGGUCCCUUCCUCGGAGCUUUCCAUUCCCUUAAUGGAGGGCUUGUCACAUGACCAGGCUGACUCCUCCUCCCUGGCUGAGAGCGAGUCGUCAUCUUCAGGGCUAGGUGAUGAGGAGCCGCCGGCGGUGACAUUGCUGAGCUGCAGUGCCCCCACAGUUUGUAAAGCAGAGCUGCAUCAUCUGGAGCACAGCGGGGGAAUCGAACCUGUGGCCCUGUGAUAUCAUGAGGACAAAUCUGAGGUUCUGGCAUCCCAAUUGUGUGCAAACUGAACUGGACACUUCACAUUGAGCUGGACAUUUUGGUCUUAUGACUCAAAAUGUGCUCUGGAAUGCCAGGAUGUCCGUUACUACGGCAACCACUGCUGUCUAAAAAGCGCUACAUUUUGGGAUGAUGACAUCACCACUACGUUUAAACCACUACGUUUCUCCACCACUACUCCAGAAACGUGCUUUCUGGAACUCUAGUGCCUGGGAAGUUAUGACUAAUGAGUGUUCAAUUCCCAAACAACAACAAAAGUGGUACACCGCUCAAGGAGAUGACAUUUGGGACCAAGAGACAGAACUUUGAGGUACUUUUUUUGUGUUAAUGAGCCAUUUCCUGGCAACAGCAUCUGCGGAGGACUUGAGCGCCAUGAAGAUUUGUACUUUAUUUUUAAUAAUAAUAAUAAAGAUGCUGACCUUGUAGGGCACAUUUGAAGUGAAAAUAUGGGACUAUAGCCAAAGUUAUUUAAAGGAACGGUGCUCUCCAGCAUCCCACCUGCACUGUAAUAAUAAAUCCAAUUUUAAACAGGAGACAAGUUGAUAACGCUUAUCUUGAUGUCGGCUAAUGUUAUGUAAUAUUUCUCUGUCGUACAAAAGUUUUCAUGGAGCUUUUUAAGGUGUGGUUUUAGAAUGACUGCCGACACGUACACAAAGAAAGGGACGACUCCAGCAGGUUUAAAAUUUGUUGGCGAGGGAAGGUUUUGCAUUUCCUGCUUGUGAAUAGUUUUGUUUUUCUUCCUGGAAAUGUCUUUUUUUGUAGUUUGUUUUUCUGCAUUUUCUAGAAAUGUACUGUUUUAUAGUACCUUAAUAUAGGAAA